AUGGAUAUGGAAAGAAGAAACAAACUUCUAAGUGCCGGAUUAUUUAUAAACAACGAAUAUAUGAUGCAUGGAACUUACUUCGUAGAAGGUGAAAAAGUGAGACUCACUGCAGAGCUCAUAACUGGUGAGCCCCAACAGCUUGAUAUAGCCGCAGUGCUAUUAGGAUCUCAAACAGUUUACCGUGGAUUUAUGACAGACGAAAUGUGUGAUGUUGAGACAGUCCUGGAGAUGAUGAAAACUCAGCAAGCAAGCCUCAAACUUGUAGAAGGUGGGCUAUUGCUGAGGUGCUCUCCAAUAAAAAUUUUACUCACUCCAACUGAUGAGGAAUUAGAUUUCAAAGAUGUAAGAAUCGGAAUGCUUGAAGAAAACUUAGAAGAAACUAAAGAGCAAAUUAAAGAGCUUCAGAUGAGGCUUCAAAUGCUUGAAGAAAGAUACAGAGAAACCGGAAGAGAAGUCCAACCUCCAGAGCAACGAGGGGACAGCAGAUCUGAAUUAUUGACUUAUCAUGUGUGGCCGAAAUCCAGAAUGCUACUUGCAAUUGUUUCAAGAAUGCUGAAAGAAGGGCUCUUGAAUACCCAACAAAGGGGUAAUUUGAAAAAUUUAAUUCUUGAUGAAAAUCCAAAACUAUUGCAAUGCUUACAACAAUAUGAAAUGGAUGGAGAUAGAAGGCAGCUUUAUUCCAGCUUUUUGAAAUUGUCGUCUUGAGCAGCAUAA